AUGGGAGGCGAAGAUUCUGAAAGAGAUAAAGAUGAUAGAUGGAAACCUCCGCCGGAGAAGACGGGUUUAAAGCUUUGGGGAAUCCUCGCGUUUACUGUAAUCGGCGCAACCGCCACCACUUUCGCCGUUCAUCAGCUGCGAAGAACUUUUGAUUGGGUGUAUACACAGGUAGGUAGAGCACAGUCAGCGCGGAAUGGAACCAGAGGCGGUUCUUUCCGAACAUCUUAUCAGGAGGAAUCAUGGAGAAGGUACAACAAAAGGAUGCAAGAGGAGUAUGAAGAAGAGCUUGAGAGAGUGGAACGGAUUAGGCGGAUGCAAAGCGUUUUCAACAGAGAGAGGAAUAAAUUUCGUAGGGGCUUUGAGAACUGGAAAGAAAAUGAUCCAAGUGCAAACCAAUACAGUCAGCAGUUUCAGCGGAAUGAUUGGUAUUGGAAAACUGAAUCCACGUACAGAAACCAAAGGACUAAUCACAACCAGGAGCCUCCGAAACAGACUAGAGUCUAUCCAUUAUCACACCAUUACUCGGUUCUUGGACUCAGCAGGUCCAGGGCAACACCAUACACAGAAGCUGAGAUUAAGAAAGCAUUCAGGGAAAAGGCGAUGGAAUUCCAUCCGGACCAAAAUCAAGAUAACAAAGAUGUAGCUGAAGCAAAGUUCAAAGAGGUUUUACUUUCAUAUGAAGCUAUAAAAGAGGAAAGAAAAGAGGUGUGA